UGGCGAGGAGAUGAAGGGGGAUGGCGAGUUGCCGCUACCAUGUGUUGUGUAUUUCAGAGAGCCCGAGGCUCGGCAUCGUCUUGUGGAAGUCCUGUCCCAAUGGCUGUGGAUGUGGGAAAAUCAUUUUCUGAAGCCUCACUGAGCGGGAAGGCCGAGGGCAAUGGUAGGUGGGACUCUGCAGAGGUGGAGACGGAUUACCCGGAGCUAGCGGACAGGCUGCGCCGGCUUUUGGGGGCAGAGGAAGCCAAGCCCUGCCCGCGUGGGACGGAGAGUGUGGCAAUGAGCGGAUGCAGUCGCUUGGCCACUGGUGUUACCCGGGGAGGCUCGAGCUACCGCCAAGAAGUAUCUUCAGCAUCUGCAUCCAGAUUUCCCAGAGGAAGAGCAAGCCUCUCAGAGACAGAGACGUUAAUUUGUCGAGCUGCCGCCGGCAGUGAUGUGCCUCGCCAUGGCAGCCACCGGUUCCUCUCCCCAGAAGAGCAGCAGGUGAAGGCAUCAGGCUGUUGGGAGCUGGCGUCCAGCCCUCCCAGCCAGUGCAGCUCUGCAGGGGAGAGCAUCCUUGCUGGUGGCUGCCAUGAUGCCCAUGCCGGCCAGCGGAGCCGAAGACUGGGAGCUCAAUCCCCUUUUUCCUCCACCCCGGAGCUCCUGCGACCCCGCACCCCUCCCAGCCCCGAGAGCGCCCUGCGGAGCCACUCCGCAUCCAGCCUCUCCACUCUGUCUUCAGAAGAAAAUGUCCUCUCCGAAGAGCUGUCCCGAAGCUUGCUGGCUGGUGGGGACGUACCCACUCCUGCGGUCACUGCCGCUCGGGACCUGCGCUGCCGGUGGGGUGCGGUGGAAGGCAGGGUGCCACAGGCGUGCAAGCCCUUCAGUCCUCUGCUUGAUGACCGCACCACCAUGGAGCACAUCAGAGAGAUGUCGUCCUACCAAGCUGAUUACUGGGCGUGUGCCAUACCAGAUUCAUUACCUCCGUCUCCGGACCGUCGCUCGCCCCACUGGAACCCCAAUAAAGAGUAUGAGGACUUGCUGGAUUAUGCUUAUCCACUGAAGCCAAGAUACAAGCUGGGAAAGAUGCCAGAGCCUUUCCUCCAUGACUCAGGAAUAGGUUUGGACAGCUUUUCUGUUUCCCCUGAGGGCACGUCGAGGUCCACCAGCAUCUACGGCCGAGGUGGGCAGGCUCGGGGAAGCGGAGAAAAUGGACGUCGGAGGUUCAUGGCCUCAGCAGAGAGGUUCUCCACCCCAGGGCCUGGAAAAAGAGGCGGCUCAGGAGCUGGCUCGUGCUAUGAACCUUUACCCAUUGCAAAAGCAUCCUUUGCGAAGAGUGCUUCCUUUCGUCCUUCUAGAGGUUUUCCUAAGGAUGUAACGACGGAGUCAGCUGGACUGGGUUCAUUUGGCCGCCCUGCUGUGGAUGGGAGAAGCUGGGGUACCAGAGGGAGCCCCUUUCCAAACUACAAAGGGCAGGUGAAGAGCGUGAAUAGGUUUUUACCUACAACGCGAGUGCUCCCCCUGAGGAAAGGGUGGGAGGGUGAUGAAGAAUUUCUCUCCCUGCCUCCGAGACUGCGGGAGCUGGAAAGGCUGGCUCAGUUUUUGUCCGAUCUUUCCUUAACUAUAAGGACGCCUGGGCACGACCACCAUAACCUUCCAUGUCACAGCGAUGGCAGGCAGCCUCUUCCGUCCAAGUUUCGACGAAGUUUUGGAGAAGCAUGUGGCAGGGAUGAAAGAGGGAAUAUUGAGGAUUAUGCUGGGCUGUGGCACCCCUGCAGCUCUCAGAAGCCCAGAUGGGAAAACACUGAAUCAUGUGGCCAGAUCCAUAGGGAUCCUCUGCAGGGGCUUCAUCUACCAACUGGUCUCAGGGACACAUUGGAUGGGGCGUACCUAAAUGAACCACGGGUCAAGGGGCGUCCGAAGAAGAGCCAGCAGAGCGAGUCCCUUGCCCAGUGUGUUAAGAUGUUUUGCUGCCAGCUGGAAGAGCUAAUUCGUUGGCUGUACCACAUCGCGGACAUCACCGACAGCUGGGGCGUGAAGGCAUCACUGCACCGCUGCCUGGAGUUCAGGAAAGAUGUGGCCGACCACCGGAGCCUGACGGAGAGCGUGCUGGAGAGGGGAGAAGCUCUCCUCGACUGCAUGGCAUCGAAUUCACCAGCUCUGAAAGACACGCUGGGCUUGAUUGCAAAACGGUCAGAAGAGCUAGAAACCCACGCGGAGCACUUGUACGAGUCGGCUCUAGCUGCUGCGGGUCCCACGCGGGGCGAGGAGGGGAUGGAGGACAAGGGGGGUGCAGCAGACGGCUGCUCAGUGGAUGCUGCCUCUGUCAGGCCUGGGCUUUGCUAGCCUGGCUGGGGAUGGCUGAGAGGAGACACAGCAAGCACCAAACCGCCUCUUGCAGCGAUGCCAAAUACGUACGACGCCGGCAUUCGGAGGUAGCCAGCCUGGGCUGAUUUCAGUUUGGUUUUUGGUUUGGUUUUUUUACUGUGACUGGCGAAAGGCAAGCUGUACAGCAGUUACCUGGCUCCUGGGGUGGCUGGUUAAUAGUGCCAGCUAUGUUGGGGAGUUUUGAGAGUGAGGAAUGUACAGCUGGCCUUUUUUUUUUUUUUUGG